AUACUAAUUAAACUAAAGUUCAUAUGCUAUUUUAAAAAGUUUAUUUUUUUAAGUAUUAAAUUGAGAAAAAAUAUAUAUUUCAAGAGGCAAUUUUAUAUUUAACCAAAAAUAAAAAAUCCUAACUCCCCAUUUUCUUUUCUUUGUCUAUCCUUGAGAAGUUUCAUUCUCUAUUUAAUAAAUAACUCUUCAUCUCUACGCUUUCUUCCCUCGUUUCUUCUCGUCGCCGCACCUGGAGUUAUCGGCGGCAGCUUCAUCUUACGCUUCCCUUGUUUAUUAUCUUAGGCCGCUUCUCCCUUUUUCUUCAUUUUUCCCUUCAAUAAAACAGCCUUCAAAACCCAAUAAUCGAAGACUAUUUACUUCUUCACUGAAACCCAAAGCCUGUACUUUUCUUUACAAUUUUUGAAGACUUGAAAAUCAAAGGGACGGGUGAUUUUGGUUGACUAGUGUGACGAACCCAAGGGAUUGAAAACUAGAAUGUGCAUGCUUUAUGUUCUUUAAUGUGCUAUAAUGGAUCCCCAUAGCCUUCCAUUUGAAGUUGGUCAACUAGUUGAGACAAGAUCUUUUUUGGCUGGUUAUCGUGGUGCAUGGUUUAGAUGCAAGAUUAAGGAAAUUGGUAGGAGGAACAAGGAAUUGGGGCAUGCCUUGGAAUAUAUUGAUUUUCCAGAUGAAAGUUCGGUGGCUGCCACAUUUCCUUGUCCAUCUCUUUCUCAUGCAAGUUUCCAGUUGGGAGGCUUCCUAUGGAUCCUCCAAUGUCUCCUUAGUGUGCCCGGUAAUCAGAAGAAUUGGUCUUUUGGGAACAUUGGGAACAGCAAAGACGGGAAGCGGACCUUGAUGGUGCGCCCUUGCUUUCCUCCUGUUUAUCGUGAAAAUCAAAUGCCUGAUGUCAAUACCAUCUCAGAGGUGAUUGUCAUCAUCAAUGAUGUUUGGAAGGUGGGUGAUUUGGUAGAUUGGUGGAUUGAUAAUUGCUUUUGGUCUGGAAGGAUAACUGAAAAGUUGGGGGAUGAAAAGGUUAAGAUUGAGUUGCCACCUCCUCCUGUGGGUGAAGGGUCUUCAUAUGAGGUUUUGUGCAAAGACUUACGUCCAUCGUUGGAUUGGUCUGUGAGUGAGGGCUGGAAGUUGCUUCUUCCCAAGGUUGCAGCCUUACACUCUUUCUCCUCCCUUGCAUUUUUAUCUGAUCUAAUCUUGGUUUUUUCCAGGCUUAGUAUUUCUUUUGAAUUUGUUCAACACCCAAUAUCCAUUGAUGCGAGAAGGCAUAACAACUUGAUAUCUUUGGAAUUUAAAAAGCAGUUCUUUGGUGCAAAAUAUGUCUUGUCAUCUGUGGACAUAUUUUAUCCUAUUAUGUCUAAGGAGAAUAAAUAUCAUCUUUGUUGUGCUCGGAUAGUCAAGUCUCUUAAUCGAGGGGGUUCCCCAAACUUGAUAGAUCACACUUUCAGUGUGAGGGACAAGGAUGCUCAGCCAACGGCUGGAGCAUCAGUUGAGCAUGAGGGUUCUUUAUCUUCUCAUAUUUCAUCUGGACCCUUACAUCUUCCAUAUAAACGACUGCAACUGGCAAAGAAAUCUUUGAAUGAAAAACAGACAAAAACUAAAGAAAAAAUUAUAGGCUUGACUGUAGUGGAUCAUGUCCCUAGAAAAACCAGUUGCUCAGAUAGUGUUUCCAGUUCGCCUAUACAAGAUACCUCAACACAAAUGCCAGGAAUGGCAAUUCAAAGUGACAAAUAUGAUGACAAUGGAUUAAAGAAGAUGAAAAUUGAUGAAAGAAUUUGCUUGAAUUCCACAUCCUCUGAUACAAUUGAAGCUGCAAUUUUGGAUUUGGAGGAACUUAUUUGUCGUGUUAAAUGGCUUAAGCAUAUCUUAGAAUUCGGAACACCAUUAUCAGAUAGUAUGAAAUCUUCUUGGAAGUUUAUAGAACACCGAGCAUCAAGGCCAAAAUGAGUGCCUGCGCAGAAGGCUAGUUUGCAUGAUUCGUAACCAUGUAGUAUUCUUCAUUUUUGUUUCAAGAUUGGUGAAGGCAGUAGCAUUCAUAUCUGAAGGAGCCGCCUGACUUGGAUUGACAAAAAUUUUUGUACUUUAGACAUCUUCUUGUAGAGUAUUUUUUCU